AUGUAAUCUGGUAUUUCAAAUAACGCAAAGAAAUCAAAUUCUCAGAUAGAGGACAAAACUUUACCUACUUUGAAUGCUGCUAACACUACUUAACACAAUCUACAUAUAUAGAUACUAAGUUGGAGAUAACACUGGCAACCUAUAAUUUAAAAAUCAUAGUUGCAGAAUUAGAUGCAUAACAUGGAGUAUAAAUGAUAUAAUUUUAGCUACUUGUGUGGGUAAGAUAGUUUGAUAUCCUUAUGGAAAGUAAGUGCAGACACAACAGGACAAGAAAUGCUUGAUACACAUGCUAAGAAAAUGUCCCAAAGUUAAGUGUUUCAUUAACUUUUCAGACUAAAAUACUUUUUGUCGUGGUAGAGGAUCGUCAUUUUGGGUAGAGUUCAUUUGCCAAUAAUCAACAAAAAUUAAAGAAAUGUAAAAAAUUACCUUAACUUAAAUCUGUUUCUCAAGCAGUUCCAAACCAAAAUUUUCUGGUGUAAUAGAAAAAAUGAAGAUCAAUGCCGAUGA